AGUAUCAAUUCAAUGUAAAUGUAUAAUAUGUUAUGACCAUUUUUUUUUUGUUUCUUCAUUAUAAUGACAUAAUUUGAAUGAAUGAAUACUACGAAUAAUUUUAUGUCAUACAAUACAAUGAGAUUCACACAUGCGUUUACGUGGGAAGCCGCUAUCGUAAGUUAUGAACUAAGGAAAGACGUAAGAAGAUAUCUAGACUAGCUGUUGGCGGUUUUAGUGCAAUUACUUAAUUUUUAUUUUUAUUUGAGAAUCUUACACGUUAUCAUAAUGGUGCCGCACUAAGGUUAAUGUCAAUGCGUUUUAUUGCUAUAUAUAAAGCGAUAUAAUCGUAUGUUAAUAAUAAUCAUACGUUGACUGUUAUCGCGACAAGUCUUACCUAAAUGUUAUACUUCGUCCUCAUUUAUACGGUAUUUAGAUGUUAGUACGGUCUCAUAAAAAUGAUGGCCUUACGAAUAUUGUCGAUUGUUAAAUAAAUAUUUCCAUACCGUUACACUUAAUGGACCUUCUAAAAAUAACCUAUUACUAUUUUAAAGCCAAGCACUGAUGAUUCCUCGGGUAAAGUAAAUGUUUAUGAAUUAUUUAACAGCUUGCUCGUUUGCCUCUUCUACUAUAAUUUAUAAAAAUCAUAGUUCAGUAAAUUUGAAAAACAUUCUUGCAUGCCAUAAAAGAAAUGGAUUUAACAUUCCACAAUCUCUGAUUAUUGGAACGGAAGGAACUUUAAUCUUCUUCGAUUAUCAUUACAAUUAUUUGGUAUUUUCCUUUAAAAUUAGUAAGCUAAGAUUGCAAUUUUAAAAAGUAUCUUUAUGUUUAAGUAGGCAUUACAUCCCCAUGUGUUGUACUAUUGGGCAAAGAUCUCCUAACACGUAAUAUGCAAAUCUCAAACGAGUACAAUGUCAUUAGAUUUCAUCGAUCCAUAUUUUCUUUUUUCAUAUUCAAAUUUUUAUUAUAAACAUAUACAAUAAUAUUUAAAUAUAAAUCGUGAAUAAACAAGAAAAGGUAAUUAAACUAAAAUUAUAUAAAAUAAUGGCGCAGUAUGAAAAUGUGACAUGUAGACAUAAAAGCAAUUAACAUUUUAUUAUUGGGUAUAAAACUAAAACACGCAUAAAGUUUAGACAGUCAUUACAACAUUUUUGGAAACGAAACACGAUGAGCAAAUACAUUGAAAAUAAAAUUUGUGUUAUUACCGGAGGUGCAGACGGCAUUGGGCUGAGCAUUGCCGAUAAAUACUUAGAAAACAAUGCUAAAGUAGUCAUUCUGGUUGACUUCAACGAACAAAAAGGAAAGGAGGCCGCAAAAAUUCUUAAUACCAAACACGGCGAUGGAAAAGCGGAGUUCAUCAAAUGUGAUGUCAGAAAAGACUUAGAAGCUACUUACAAUGUUAUCAUGGAUAACUACCAAUACGUGGAUGUCUUAGUAAACAAUGCCGGAAUAGGAGAUGCAAUACCAAGAAGAACAAUGGAAACUAACGCCAUAGCUGUUAUAGAAUGGUCUCUAAAAUUCAGCAAUCAUAUGAGGAAGGAUACAGAAGGUAAAGGGGGCACCAUAGUCAACGUGGCUUCAGUACUUGGAUACGAUAUAGUCCCAUACGCUCACAUCUACCAAGCUUCCAAGUUCGCAGUAACAGGUUUUACCAGAUCUUUGGGUCACAAGUAUUUAUAUCCAACGCGUGGUGUUCGAAUGGUCUGUCUCUGCCCAGGACUUACUAAAACCAAUUUGAGUCAAGCAGUAUUAAUGAUGAAACCUCAAAGCGAUUAUGAGGCUGAAGUUAUAAAAGAAUUUAAGGACAUGGUGAUACAAGAAGUGGAUGUAGUAGGAGAAGCAGCAGUGGAGAUACUUGAAAGAGCUGAUAGCGGUACAGUGUGGUCCAUCAUCAACGGCGAACUGAAGAAUGUUCAUAUGGAAGUAAAAUACAAGUUAUAAGAAAACGAUACUACGGAUAUAUAGAUUUGUAAUUUGAUUUUCUAAAAAGAAGGAGAAAGAUGCUAUCAUUUCUCUACGUAGCAUCUUUAACAAUAGAAAUUUUUAAACUAAACUAGCACUCCAUAAUAGCUUCUCGUGUGUGUAAACCUAUUUCAAAAAAAUAUGCAAUUGAUUUAGA